AUGCUAUCGCUCAGGGACUUCCCCCGUUUUCCUGUACUUUUGGAAGCCGUCAUCGACGCCUUUUGUACUUUCCUUCGUACGCUCAAACCCACUCUGGAGGCUUGUGUCCUACAUAGUGUUGCAUGGGGCGUAGAGUGGCCGCGCCGGAAAACCAUCCUGAACGACAAGGACCUCAUUGACUACGACGCUGACCGCAAUAACGAGAAAGAGCACAACUCUGAAUACGAGUACGAGUGCCUCGAUGGAGUUCAGCAGGUCAUGCGUGCUCUCCGAGCAGAGCACCUCGGUAUUGGCGACGUUAUAGUCAUCAGAAAAGAGUACGAGGUCCUUCUUAAGGCGCUCUCGGAAGAACAUGGCACAUCGUCGAGUGAAAGGUUGGCCCGCUCAGGAGUGGUCAUAACGGGACAUCCGGGAACUGGCAAAACCGCAUUCUUGAUCUAUCUCCUCCUCCUCCGCCUCUCGCGUCAACAACCCACAGCGCUCCAACUUAACCCGGAAGGAUACUACAUCUUCGAUCACAGAGGCGUAACCUACCAUACCUCUGACACGUACGGCUACGACGACCGCAUGCGUGCAUGCUGGGCUUUAGUCGACUAUAACGCAACCUCUCUCGGCCGUGUACCGCGCUGCGUGGCGCGCGAAGGAUAA